AUGGCCUGUUCUCCUGUCCUCCUCCUUUUCCUGCUAGCUCAGUACCCAGGCUCCUGGGCGCAGACUGGACUGAUGCAGGAAGUAUCAGUGUCAGGGUCUGUGGGACAGACAGUCACCCUCACCUGCACUGGAACUAGCAGCAAUGUUGGUUCCUAUGGUGCGGGCUGGUACCAGCAGAUUCCUGGUGCUGCUCCCAAAACUGUGAUGCUUGGAAGUACUCGACCUACUGGGAUCCCAGAUCGAUUCACGGGGUCCAAAUCUGGAAACAAGGCCUCUCUGACAAUCUUAGGCGUGCAGCCUGAGGAUGAGGCUGAUUAUUACUGUGCUUCAUAUGACUACAAUAUCAAUAAUGCCACAGUCUUUCAGACUGGAGGGGAAAUGAGACAAAAACCUAGCUCUGGUCUAAGUGAUCCCCCACAGACUGUCAGGCCAUUGCAAAUGAAACUGAAGUUUGAUGAGUUAGCAGCAGAGGGAGUUGUGAAUCAGAGGGACUUGUGGAUCUUCAAUAGAGCUUGUAGAGAUGGGUACCUCCACGUGAACAAUCCUCAAGUUCCUGCAAACUACACCUCCUUGCCAACCCUGCCCAGCACACUGGACUCUGGUGCAGACUCAGCAGCUAUGCCAUCCCUGGCUGAGCAGAAUCUCCUGCUCCCAGUUUCCCUUGCCCAUCCUGUGUUGACUCAGCUGCCCUCCGUCUCUUCAUCUCCUGGGACAACUGCCAUGUACCCUGAGAAGUGGCAAUAA